AUGAACUCCAAGGAUGGAGAAAAAGACUGUGCAGAUCUUUACAAAAAAGGUGAAAAAAAUAACGGAGUUUAUGUAAUUGAUCCAGAUGGCCAGGGCAGAUUCCGUGUCUUCUGUGAUAUGACGUCAUCUGGUGGAGGUUGGACUGUGUUUCAACGUCGUCAAGAUGGAAGUGUAAACUUCUAUCGCGGUUGGAAAGACUAUAAACAAGGAUUUGGUAAUCUUGCUUCUGAAUUCUGGCUUGGAUUGGAUAAAAUAUACCGACUAACAUCAGCAAGGCGAAAUAAACUUCGUGUUGACCUGGGAGACUGGUUAGGAAACAAAGCAUAUGCUGAAUAUGAUUUUUUUGCUGUAAAGAAUGAAACACAUAAAUAUCAGUUGAGUCUUGGUGCAUAUUCUGGAACUGCUGGAGACUCAUUAUCUUAUCAUAAAGGUAUGGCAUUUACCACAAAAGAUUCAGAUAAUGAUAAAAAUGGAGCAAAUUGUGCCACGGACUUAAAAGGUGCUUGGUGGUAUAAUAGUUGUUGUAGUUCCAACCUGAAUGGACAAUAUAAUUACAAUCAAGACAAAGACAUAGGUGUGAUUUGGGGUCAUUGGAAAGUUUUUGAAUCCUUAAAGUUCACGGAGAUGAAAAUAAAACCAUAAGAAAUUUCCAAAGACUGUGAUGUUAUAAAUUUGAUCAUUAUUUCUAAUGAAUCU